CAUUUCCCAAAGUGCCCCGCGUCUUCCGGACCCGGACGCCGCGGCCUGUUCUCCUUGCUGGGGCAGUGGGCCUCGCCGGGACGGCGUCCCGGAGGCGACGGCGGCGCGAUGGACAGCCCCGAGGUCACCUUCACGCUGGCCUACGUGGUGUUCGCCGUGUGCUUCGUGUUCACCCCCACCGAGUUCCACUCUGCCGGGCUCACGGUGCAGAACCUGCUGUCGGGCUGGCUGGGCAGCGAGGACGCCGCCUUCGUGCCCUACCACUUGCGCCGCACGGCCGCCACGCUGCUGUGCCACUCGCUGUUGCCGCUAGGCUACUACGUGGGCAUGUGCUUCGCAGCCUCAGAAAAGCGGCUCUACUCCCCCAGCCAGGCCCCGGAGACCUGGCGGGUCUUUCUCCUGCUGGCAUUGACACUGCCCGCCAUCGCCUGCGCCCUGAUCUACUACUGGUCCCGGGACCGGUGGGCCCACCACCCACUGGCCCGCACCCUGGCCCGCUAUGCCCUCCCGCAGUCAGGCUGGCGGGCCGUUGCUUCCUCCGUGGACACCGAGUUCCGGCGGAUCGACAAGUUUGCCACGGGGGCGCCGGGUGCCCGUGUGAUCGUGACGGACACGUGGGUGCUGAAGGUGACCACGUACCGUGUGCGCGUGGCCCAGCAGCAGGACGUGCACCUGACCGUGACGGAGUCCCAGCAGCGCGACCUCUCCCCAGACUCGAACCUGCCCGUGCAGCUCCUCACCAUCCGCGUGGCCAGUGCCGACCCUGCCGUGCCGGCCUUCGACAUCCGCUUUGGCCUCUCUGCCCGCCCGGGGACCUUGCCAGCCCACUGGGAACCACAGCCCUGCCCUGCAGACGCGCCCGGUGGUCCCCACCCAGCAGCAAACACCUCGUGCAGGCUGCACUCCACGGAGUACGGUGAGCUGUGUGAGAAGCUCCGGGCACCCAUCCGCAGCGCGGCCGACGUGGUCAUCCACCAGAGCUUGGGCGACCUGUUCCUGGAGACCUUCGCCUCCCUGGUGGAGGUCAACCCGGCCUACUCGGUCCCCAGCAGCCAGGACCUGGAGGCGUGCAUUGGCUGCAUGCAGACCCGGGCCAGCGUGAGGCUGGUGAAGACCUGCCAGGAGGCGGACGAGGGCGAGUGCCAGCAGUGCUGUUGCCGCCCCAUGUGGUGUCUCACCUGCAUGGGCAAGUGGUUCGCCAGCCGCCAGGACCCGCAGCGCCCCGACACCUGGCUGGCCAGCCGUGUGCCCUGCCCCACCUGCCGUGCGCGCUUCUGCAUCCUGGACGUGUGUGCCGUGCGCUGAGCCCGCCAGAGGGACCCCGCCACUGCCUUGGGGAGUAGUUGGGCCUCUGGGCCCUGGUUUGGGCUGUCAUGGGUGGCUCAUCCCGGUGUGGCGACUCACCGCUGCAGAAGGGCUGAGGCUGCAGUAGGGCUGGGGUUUUGUUUUAAAAAGAAGUUUUCUGUUGAAGUUCUGUCUGCAGCAGCGGGAUGGGUCUUCAGCGCCUCUGUCUCCCCCACUCUUCGUGCUUCCGAUUAGGGGUAGAUGCUGGGCACACAGAACGUGGUGUCGGGUCCAUCUCCAGAGCAUUCUGGGGCCCCCUGAGCUGUGUUCUGGGAGACCCCCGUCGUCUGCCCCAGAUGGCCCUAACUUAAGCCACUUGCCUUAAACGUAUGGGGCACAUAAACCUUAACUGCUCGUCAGUUACACGACAGACUCGGAUUUGCCCGAGCUGCAGUCUGUCCUGCUCCUGUCCCCAAGCCGGCUGCUGGCCCUGUGGCAUCGGCACCCUCCACUCCCCCCACGGAGGCUGCUCUGAGGACCUGGCGCAGAGCUCAUUGGUGGAGGGGGAGAGCACUGCCCAGGGGCUCCUGGUGAUUGUGGGCGGCCAAGGGCCCGCUCCUGGGGGGGGGGGGUGGCCCCUGCCUGCUCCCAGCCCAGGGACACCCUGGGCUUCCCCUCGGGGGCUGGCUGCUUUCAGCUGCCACUCUCUAGCCCGUGCUUGUGGGGGCUGCCCCGCCGCUGGGAGGGGCCCGUAACCACGUGCCUGCUGCUGCGAAUCCAGGGAAAGGACCAACUUUCAGACCCCUGGUAGCGAGGGCACCGAGUUGAAGACCAUGCUCCACAGCAACGCCCUACAUCCGGAUGACAAGCUUGUUGGGACUCAGCACGAGGCUGGCCAUAGCCCCGCAGGGUCCACCCACUUAGGAAGGGAAGUGCCCAGCAGUCAAGGCAAUGGCAGCCGUCUUCCCAAUUCCUGCUGGUGCAGGAGGGGAGCAGGGAGGCAAGUGCCAGGUCCCUGGCUACAGCUCUGACAGAUGGGGCUGUUGGAGGGGCCCUAAGCCCCCUAAACCUGGUCAUUCUAAGCAGGGGAGAUGGACUCAGCUGGCCCGACUCACCCAAGGCUGCACCAAAGCCAGGUAUUUGGGAGCGAGAAGCCCAGCUUUGUGGUCCUCGGGGGUGCCCACAGAUGAAGGCCAUCAGAGGGGCAGGCGGGAGCCAUGCCCAGCCUCAGCUUGGAGUUUCAAACCUUGGCAAGGGAGAGCCAGGCCUGGGGUUCUCUUUUCUACAAAAGAAACUUACUUAGUUUUAUAAACGUAUUGUAGUGAAGUGAUACACUACUUAAUAAAAUGUCACUAUGAGU